UUUUCGGAAAUUUAAAAGUCACUCCGUGAGAUAAAACGUUUAUUACGAGUCCAAAGAAUUUGAAAAAUUGACCCCGAGACUCGAAAAAAUAGGCCGAACAACUCCGCAGCCUAUUUCAAGUAUGGUUUGGCGACUUUGGUAAAUAUUUCAACAAUACCAAGGGAUUAUAUAUAUUAUUUAUUUUAAAGUUUACAUCAGGACCAUUGGCAGUCAAUUUCAGAAACAUUAUCAAAUUUUACGAAGAGCGAAAUGCAUGUCAAGAUUUCAGUAUUUCUGUUGCGAAAACGUGAUUACCCACAUAUAGUGUCGUAGAGACCAAUAUGGCUAACGACCACCAUACGAAAAAGAUCCAGGGACGGGCAAAAUAAGAAUAGCUUUAAUAAAUAUAUGAUAUUGCAUUUGAAUUUAGCUAUUUUUCAAAUAGCUAAUUGAUAUUUAAUUACCACAUCCAAUUACCCACUCUGAUAACAAAUAAGUAAACAAUAUUGAACGGUCGCGGAGUUCUGACAUCAAGUGUCGAGCAAUGUAUCUGCGAUUUACAACAUACUGCUUGCCCCGGGCAAUCAAUUAAAUCAGCAUGAGAUAGAACCGAACGAUCGAAUAGAAGUUGUUCGAGUAUCGUAAUCCAGCAAAGAAAGCUAAAAGUUGAAUGUUGUGUGAACGGUUUGAAAUCAGCGUAUUGAUUGGGAUAAAAACAUUGAAUUUAAUAACAUAAUUAGAUAACUGUGCAGAAUUUACCAGUAAAGCAAAACUGUUCUGUAAGCAGUUAUAAUCAGCAUUGUGAAUAUGGAUAUAGAAACGAACUGACAUAGAUUGAGAGCUAUAGCUUUUAAGCAAUUGUUCCGUAUUGAGAUUUUUUUUUUCAUUGAUUGAAACAUCAACAAAUAUGGGCUACAGCAAUUUGAGCGAACAACUCUGGUGGAUUUUUUCUAAAUUUAUAUCUUUCACAUGAGCAAAGCAUUUUCAUAAAAUAUAAUAAUGCCCAGAAUAAAUCGAAGAAAUUAAAUUAUAGGAGGUUUAUUUGAAUGAAAGUGCAGAGUGCAGAGUCUUUUUCAAUCUCAUUAUAAAAUUUAUUUCUCUCAGUAUGCAGCCAGUAGAAACGAAAAAUGCAAAUUUUCUCUUAACAAAACGGGAAUUACUAUUCGCAGCAAUUGUCUUGGCAGCACUCUUAUUAAUGCUGUCCGGGACUUUUUUUACAAACUCUCAGGCAGUAAAAUCGUACAUUGAAGGAUAUAAAACGAAUGGAAGUAUAAGGAUUAAUUUUUUCACAAACUAUAAUUCAAAUUAUUUCACUCGAAACAUAACUUCCGUUUCAAGUACGAAUGAAACAAUAUCCUCCACAAAUGAGGGUUCGGAGGUUACAACAAAUGUGACUGGUUACACUUGUUCUCGAACUCCACCCAACUUGUUGGGACGAUUAAAUUACAAUAACGCAUCGGACAUAAAUCCACCUAGUUUGGACGAAAUAUAUAGAAAUAAUUUACGACUUGAAGCAGGAGGACGAUACACUCCAUUAGACUGUCGUGCGCAAUAUAAGGUGGCAAUUAUAAUACCUUUGCGUGGAAGGGAAACGCAACUCAGAAGUUUGCUGAAUCAUAUGCAUCCUAUAUGGCAACGCCAACAACUGGACUACACAGUUUACACAAUAUGGCAAAGUGGAGAAAACUUAUUCAAUCGUGCCAAACUUAUGAAUAUUGGAUUUUCAGAAGCGAGUAAAGAAAGAAAGUAUGACUGCUAUGUUUUUCACGACGUUGAUUUACUCCUUAUGGACGAUCGAUGUCUUUAUUGGUGUCCGGAAGAAGAUAAUCCUCGAUCGAUUUCUAUUUACAUUGACAAGUUCAAUUUCAAGCCGGUAUCAUAUGGCUCCAUAUGUGCCCCUGAACCAUUCAAGAAAACGGGAGAGCGUGUACAUUUAUUUGGAGGAGUUUCUAUGUUAACAUCUAAACAACUCAAUGACAUAAAUGGAUGCUCGAAUGCAUAUUGGGGUUGGGGCGCAGAAGAUAACGAUCUGUAUGUACGUUUAUGGAGCAAAGGGUAUGAGGUUCAAAGAGAUUUAUAUAACAAGUCAUGUGUUUUCCACAUGAUUAAACACACAAGAGAAAAAUCAAAUGAGAAGCAAGACGGAAGAUUUGCCCUGUACUACAAGUCUCUUCCACGAAUGGGUAAAGAUGGACUAAAUAGUUUAAAGUACGGAGUUUUGUCAAUAAAACGAGAACCAUUAUAUACAAACAUAACUGUAGACAUCGGUGCACCAUCACAGAUUUUCAAACAAUUCAUGUCGAAAAAAAUACCAAAUAUUCGGAGUCAAAGAUGCAAUCGUACUAUUCCGUCUAUUCUUGAAGAAUGGGGUCCAAAAAUUAUAUAGAGGCACACAAAAAUGCUUUCAAAAUAUAUAAAAAAUUACUUUUUUAUUAUUUAAAUAAAGUAUCACAACAACGUACAGA